GUUGCUGAAACGUAACCAGAUCAAAGAAAUCGCACCGGAGGCUUUCGUAAACCUAACGUCUCUCCGAGUUUUGUAAAGAGCUAGACGACAACGCUCUAAUGGAAAUUCCAUCCGCUUUAACGAAGCUACCGUCGCUUCAGGAGUUAUCAAUAUCUGGAAACCGUAUAAAAUUCAUACCGGGCGGCCUCCUACAAAAAAGUCCAGGCCUCGCCGUUUUAGAGCUGAAAGGAAAUCCGCUUGUACAAGUCGACUCCAACGCAUUCUCCUACCUUCCACGGCUACGAAACCUUAUCCUCUCCGAAGCACGCGGACUAUCAACUUUUCCGGUACUUAACGGUACCACGUCUCUGGAAGUACUGCGUUUAGACAGGGCUGGGAUCUCAUCAGUUCCGUCUUCUCUCUGUUACACAUGUCCGCGAUUAAGAAGCUUAGACUUGAAGUCGAACAAGUUGACGUCGAUUCCUGACUUGAACAACUGCAAGGAAAUACGGGUUUUAGAUUUAGCCAGCAAUAGAAUCAAGUCAGUCGAGGAACGGCCAUUUCACGGAAUGACGAAAAUGCAUGACCUUCUCCUGGCGCACAACGAGAUCGAGUAUGUUCCGAACGACGCCUUCUUCGGACUGUCCAGGCUGCAAUUUUUGGACAUGGAAAGCAACCACGUCUCCUACAUCCAUCCAGACGCGUUUCUAGCAAUUUCACACAUCGAAGACCUAAAUCUGGGAAAUAACAUAUUCCCUCAUCUCCCAACAGCCGGCUUGGAACGCCUGAGGCACUUGAAGACCUUCAACAAUCCGCACCUUCGCGAUUUUCCGUCUCCCGAAAAUUUUCCAAGAAUUCAAUCCCUAGUCCUGUCCUACGCCUACCACUGCUGCGCGUUUAUACCGCUAAUUCCCUCUAAUCCACCGCCGCCUGCGAAGGUGAAGGAUAUCGUGCUGUUUCCCGGAGACGAUGAAGACAUCGAUUUGACCUUCUGGAACUCGAGCGGAACGGACUUGUGGCCUCAAAAUCAGAACAUCAGUCACAAGUUAGGGAAGACGUUUCGAGAGUUUUGGGACCAUAUUGGGGGGUCCGAUUUUACCUACCCUGGAAAUUUUCCAUCGUACAUGGAAGAGUACUCGGAAGAAGACGUGUUAAAGGUACCAAACAGCGAUAUCCCACCGGGAAAGAUUCAAUGUCUCCCCCUACCCGGACCGUUCCUUCCAUGUCAAGAUCUUUUUGACUGGUGGACGUUGCGGUGUGGCGUGUGGCUUGUGUUUCUAUGCGCAAUGUUGGGGAAUGGUACCGUCGUCUUUGUGCUGGUGUUCUCGAGGAGUAAGAUGGAUGUACCACGAUUUCUUGUCUGCAAUUUGGCCGCAGCGGAUUUUUUUAUGGGAAUUUACUUGGGGUUUCUGGCGGUGGUGGAUGCGUCAACAUUAGGUGAAUUUAGGAUGUACGCCAUACCUUGGCAAAUGUCGGCAGGGUGCCAGCUUGCCGGUUUCCUAGGCGUUCUCAGCUCGGAGCUAUCCGUCUAUACGCUUGCAGUGAUCACGCUGGAAAGAAACUAUGCCAUUACGCACGCCAUGCACUUAAAUAAAAGACUGUCGCUAAAGCACGCUGGGUAUAUUAUGGUAUGCGGGUGGUCGUUCGCCAUUCUUAUGGCUCUGCUGCCACUGUUCGGCGUGUCGGAUUACAGGAAAUUUGCAGUAUGCCUUCCGUUUGAGACUAAUACGGUAGCAAGUUUAACCUAUGUAGUAUUUUUGAUGAUAAUUAACGGAGUUGCCUUUCUCAUCCUUAUGGGAUGCUACCUGAAAAUGUAUUGUGCCAUUAGAGGAUCUCAAGCGUGGAAUUCGAACGAUUCGAGAAUUGCGAAAAGGAUGGCGCUAUUAGUGUUUACGGACUUUUUGUGUUGGUCACCGAUAGCAUUUUUCUCAUUAACUGCUGCGUUCGGUUUUCACCUCAUUUCCCUCGAACAAGCCAAAGUGUUUACAGUGUUCGUGUUGCCAUUAAACUCGUGCUGUAACCCGUUUCUUUAUGCCAUUUUAACAAAGCAAUUUAAAAAAGACUGUGUUAUGAUAUGCAAAGCAAUAGAGGAGAGUAGAGUGACGCGUGGAAUAGGACGUUGCCGACAUAGCUCAAAUUUCAGCAAUAGGCAAACACCCGCCAACACCAACAGUUUGGCGGAUAGAUCUUCGCGCGAAAAUCAAAAUCACCACGCGCCGCAGUGUACCUGUAACGCAAAAUUACUGGGAGAAGCAACCGCGACGCCUGCUCCUCAAGAACAGAAAAAUACGGUUCGCGACUGGCUGCUGAAGAAAGCACGUUGGGUGCUGUGUCUAAGAAGGCAAGCGCGUCACAGGCAACGUUCCGAUCAGUACACCUACCAAAUAGCAGAAAUACAGCAAAAACAACACAAGCGCGCCUCUUCCGUGUCCUCCAGCGAAAACUUUAGUUCUUCCCGUUCCGACUCGUGGAGGCACAAUCAUCACUGUGGAAUACCAUUACGUCUCCUGGAUCCAAAGCGGCGAGCUUCUUCGUGGCUAGUUACCCGAAAAACUUCGCAGGAUUCAAAUUUGUCCAGUUCACGUAACGAUUCGUCAGGAUCUGCUACAACGGCGAGCACGAGCACUUGGAGGAUCUCUAGAUCCAGCGCGUCCAGCAGCGAACCAUCACGUAUACGAAGCAAACCUAGGCUAACGCGCCAAUGUGCAAUUCAAGAUGAGUCGGAACCGCCCGGGUCGCCUGGUAGACUUACGGUUCGUUUUCUAACAACAAUUCCAUCGGCCGCAGAAAGUAGCAUGCAAAUGGAAGACGAACCCAGCAUUCUAGUAACCCCAUCAAAUGACAGGGAAGGGCCGCUUUACGCCAUUUUACAUUCGCAACCUAUUACGCCGAUCCGAAGGCAGUCGAUAGUCACACUGCAUCCUAUUGAAUCUCAGCCUGUACCUGUCAACGGCGAUCCUGAAACUUCUAGUCAACCUGAACCUGACCCAGGUCCUUCCAAAUCUGAAUCAAAUGAUACAAGAUAAUAAAUAAGUACCUAAGACUAACCAAAUUAUUUUGGCGUAGGUC